AUGGCCGGCCCGGCGCGGUCCGGCUUCCCCGCGCGCACCAACAGCCGCCUGGACGCGUUCCUGCGGCGGCACAUGGCGCCCGAGGUCUACGAUGCCAUCCGCGCCUACGAGCCGUGCAUCGUGGUGUCCGACUCGGAGAAGCACGCCUUCAAGUUCGUGGUGCUCAGCGACCGGCUCAUCUACCUGACGGAGAACCCGCCCAGGUCCCUCCGGCGGGUCGUGGCGCUGCGCGACGUCGUGGCCAUUGAUCUGAUUGAUGAUUACCCAACAUUUCUGAAUUCGCCAGAUAGAGAAAUCAACCAACAUAUUCGUAUUAUCUACUCUUCAACUAUUUUGAAAAAAGAAUGUGAAAGAUCAAAAAGUGUUGGAAAAUUUCUAUUUCCAUUUCAUCACACUAAUGCCAACAACAAAAAAGUCAAGAAAGAGAAUAAUGGUCCUACCUUUUGGAGAAGAAAAGAUUCUAGCCUCCCGAAUGAAUCUUCUCUCAGGUCCCACCAGGAGGGCAACAUACCAUCUAAGGACUCAACUUCCUGUCCUCCUUCAGACCUCAAGAGGCUGUCCCAUGUGGGCCAAGGUGCCUUUCGACCUUUACCUGUCCCCUCCAGAAGGAGUUGCCAAUCUUCUCCAGCUACUGACAAGGCUGUCCACCUGCCAUCUUGUACAACAAACACAAAAGAGCCUCAGGAAACCCCAGACUCUCCAAGUGAAACCUUUUUCAAGUGCAAUGGAAAUAGAAAUGAGUUUAACCUAGGAAACUGUCUCCUAGCCUCCCGUUUACAGAGUAACCCAAACCUAGAGAAAAAGGAAAUGGAACUUCAUUUGUAUAUCAUCUCCACAACAUCAUCAAUAUUUCUGCACUUAAAGAACUCAUGGACCAAUUACGUUAUAAAAGCUACUCUUUUACAGGAUCCCCUAUAUGCUAGGGAAUAUAGCCCUAUUGGAAGUCAAAAGCCAUAUAGAUCUGAGGAGAAAAUUAGGCACUUCAGUCAACUUAAAUCUGAACUUUUUCUUAAAGACAAUACUUUGAGGAAGAUACUUUGCUUAAUUAUGGAACUUAAAGUAGCAGCCCAGAAAAAUUUCAUUCUGAAAAGGCUUUUCUGGAAAACCAGUGACCUUUUCUGUUUCCUAGUGAACAAACUUCACGAGUACUUGCCAGAGUCUAGGGAUAAGAGAGCACUUCAAAAUAAAAGUCAAAGAGCUGAUGAGCUGGCGGCAGGCAUCAAAAUUACACAAACCCUAGGACUAAUGUUCAGAGAAACAGAAAUUGAAUCAUCACGCCUGAACACACUGGCGGCUAAAACGGGAACAUUAUUUAAUCUCUUGGUAAUUUUAAUUAGCAAGCCUCGGAUUCCAGCGUCUUGUUCUGUGCUUGAUGGCCGGUUGGUGGCUGAUUCAACUUCAGCUGAAAUGUCCUUUGAUGCUGAGUUACAGAAGCUAAUCCUGGAAUAUACAGAUACAGCCACAGCACUUUUGUAUGAAAUUCUUCUUGUCUUUCAGCAGGAAAAUCUUGGAUUGGGAUCCACAAAGUUUGCUAUUAGCUGGAUGAUGUCCUUCCUACAAAGCUGUCCUCCUAUAAUUGCUUUUGUGGCCAAUAUUGUGAAGCAAGUGGUGAAGGGGCUUUCGGCCUCCUCCCAGCUGCUGAGUCCCUGCCAGGCGGUUCUGUUGUACCAGCAGUUUUACAUCCUCAAGAGCUGCCUGCGGUACAGCAAGAUGCUAGCUGAGCAUAUUAGGAAUGACUACAGCGAAGAAUUCAGGUAUUUUAUUCACAUGCCAGCCUUGGAAAAGAGGCUCCCAUUGUGUUACCCUAUCACAGAGCCUACUACUGAGCUUCUCCACGAGGUUCUGAAGCUGAUGGAACCAAAACAGUGCAGAACGUUAACAAGAAGAUGAAAUGUUCAUUAGAAGUCAAUGCUUAUGAGAAACAGUUUGUAACUAGUUUAAUAUCUAGCUAUCCUUAAGUCCUAUGAAGACUUUAUUUGAAGGUUUCGCCAAUACCUCUCUAGGAUGUCUUUAAACUUUUAAACUGAUUUAAGAAAAUAAAUCUGUCUAGGCUGGGCAUGAACGUUUAGCUCAGUGAUGCAACUUGCCUAGCAUUUGUGAAGACCUGAGCUCAACUCAAACACAGCAAAAAGAAGAACAAAGAAUAAUCUAAGUCCAGCCUAACAUAUAUAAAGUGGUACUAAAAAAUAAUAUUUCUUCAGAAUGAAACAGUUUUUUUUUUUAAAAAAAACAUGAAAAACUACAAAGGGAACAGAUGCGCAGAAAUCAAAUGCAGGAAGCAAGGUCUGAUGAGUUUCACUGGCAUGACAGAGUGCUUGGAAACCUUGCAGUGAUCAUUAGAGAUGUGGGGAACAAUAGGAGACACCCUUCUCCACCUGUGAAUAUUCAAGUGGCAAAAAUCUUCCUUGGGAGAGUAGGCAGAGCAGUCAUCGCUGCACAGGGAGAGAAUGCUGGACUUCCUUUGCUCAAAAUCAUGGCUUUCGGCCAAUCUGAGUGCCCCAUGGAGCCUCUGUGGAAGAGACAUUGCCCGUGAGUCAUUGUGGCUUGCCCACAUCCACUUUAAAAAGUGUCUGCUCUACAUCUUAUGUCUGUGAAUGAAUUUUACCCUACAGAUACUUAAUUUUGACAUCACUGUGAGCAGUUGUAUGUGGACUUGGACCUCUAAGAACCCCAGAACCUGGGCUUUCCGUGCAACUUACCAUGCCCAGAGAAAAGUCUGCCCUUCAGAGAGGGAACUCCCUUUGUUGGGGACUUAGCAGGUUCAUGUUGUUAAUUGGAUCAGCAAUAUUUAAAUGAAUUAUUUUUCACUGGUAAUUUUGUAUGUUGUAUUUAUAUUGAUUUGACUGAUUUUUUUUCAAGAUAUGGCUUAGAUUUAAUAUUUAUAAAGUUUUAAAAGAUAGACCUGCUCUGGCUGGACUUGUAGCUCAGUGAUAGAGCAUUUGUCUAGUGUAUGC